AUGUCUAAUCUCUAUGGAGCUACUCUUGGACCGAGUCCGGAAGACUGUGUUCUCAUCAACAGCACGCUCAAUAGCACUUCGAGUACCUCGGCGCUCGAGCGGGACAUCGAGCAGCUCCGCAACAACAUUGACACCAUCAAUGACCUCUUCCAGAAGGUCUCGCGCCCUCUCCAGAAAUUCGACCACGAAUACUUCAAGGAUUUAAACGCCAGUGGCGCACUCGCCCCGCAAUGGGUGUCCUUCCGCAAGAUCGCACACGCUGUAGUGUACUCCGGCGCGGUCCUGGGCAAGGUGCGAGAGGUCAACUGCAACGUCGCGGCUUUGGUUGCAGAGAUCCAGAUCUUUCAAGGGGUGAUUUCGUCUCCCUACCGCUUCUUAUAUUCUAAUAACAUCUCUCCUGCUCACCAGAAAGUCCAGGCGCAGAUUGUGAUGGCAAAGCGCGUGCGCGAUAGCUUCAACAACAUUGCUAACGACAUCAAGGAGUUCAAGAGGAAAGUCGAGAUCACCGUCGGUUUGGAGAGCCCCAGUGGAGCUCUUUCUGAGGACAUGUCCAAUGCCUUCGAGAACAUGAACGUGGUGGAAAACAAGGUCGCUAGGGGAUCAACUUAUAUGGGGACAGUGGCCUCAUUUGCUCCUCGAGUUGCGAGGACCCUGUGCACGAUUGCGCCCACGAUAGCCUUUCAAGCGUUGCAAUGCUUGUUUGUGGUUCCGGAAGCCGCCGUGAGUGUGGACCCAGACCUCGCGGCGCGAAUGGAACUUUCGAAGAGUCGGGCUCUGGAAAAUAUCGGUAAUGUGGGCCAGCGUAUCGAAGCUAUAGCCAACAUCUGGCACAGCCUACGGGUUGACAUGUUGUGCCUUGAGACGGACCUCAGCCUCUGCGGGGGGAGCGAAAACGUCACCUCAACUGCGUGGAACUCACAGUUCCUGAUGCCGAAGAUCGAGGCUAGCAUCACUGUAUGCAAGCUGCUCGUCAAGUGCCUGAGCUUGUACGUGAGUCAGGCCACCCUACAGAAGGCAGACGUGUUCCCGGGGUCGGGCUGA